CUCCUCUCUCUGCGGUUCACUACCAAAUCAUAGAGACCGCACGCGGGCAGGAGCGGUGUACUGGUAACGGUAACUUCACCUUGGCGUUUCAGAAGCCGACACUGUCCUGACAGUCAAGGAUAAGACACAACCACCAGAGGAGGAUGAAAUAACCUGGGUCUGACAGAAAACCGCGGUUAACCAGGGCACUGUCACCUUUCGUCCUGCUGUAUGCGGCUCGCUCGUGCGCUUCCCGGGACAUGAAAACACUCCGCACGCGCCUGAUUCCGUCGCAUUCACUUGGUGUCCACGAGCGGCCACGAUGGUUAAAUGUCCUGUUUAAUGGUCGAGGUAUGUGGACUGUAACCUUACUGUGUAUGUUUGCUGCUUGCCACUAAACAGACACACAGGCUUGUAAACACAGUGUUGUUUUGUAACAGGCCUGGAUAAAGCGAAUGAAAGCAAAGUAACAGUGGGGAAAAUGUUCCUGUAAGGACGUUUAAUGUGACAUUGGCGCUCAGUCACUUUCCAAAGACCUCCAGUCAGCACAAUGUGCUGUUUCGUACAGCGUUAUUAUUGCGUAAAUUUGGCUGCAUGGUGUGUAUUUAAGUAGUGAAUUGAUUCUUGGAAGUUAAUGUCCAGUGACCUUGAUUUUUAUGUGCUAGUAGUAGUUUUUUGGUGCAGACUUCCUCAUUUAUAGCCUCACAUAUAAACUGCAGAACUGCUGACAGAGGGCCUCUUGUAUUAUUGCUAUGUAUCAUGUCAGUGUAUUGACAGAUUUACAGCAGCUAACCUGCAGGAUACUGCAGACCACAUGUAGACCAGGGGCAGAUGUGCAGUAGGGGAAGCUAUAGAUAUGGGUUCAGUAGUUACGAAUAAAAGGUAUUUGUCCGUUUAUGAGUACAGUAAAAGGUACAGAAAAGUAGCUGCCUUAGAGUGGCUAAUCUCAAAAGCAAAUCAGCAUGUUUGAGUGUGAAAGUUCUUUGGUAGUCUCACAAAGCAGUUUGUACAGCUUUAGGCAAAGUCUUACUUUUAUGUCUCUUUUACACAACUCAUAAACACAUAAUUUCAUUUCCAACCCAAGCACAAAUUUAAACAAACUAAUCAAGAUAACAUUACUUUUCUCAAACACAUCAUCUACAACAUAUUGCAUCCUAUAAGCAGAGCCCUCUAAGGUGGAGAUUUUUGAAAACUCUAUUUUGUCUGUUUUUGUGUGGACAGUGAAUGCAGAGUCAUUUGAAAGCACUGAUGCCAAUUUUUCAACCUGUACAUGGAAAUAGUUGUAUUAGGCAUGCCCAAGGUGGCAGGUUUCUGUACAUUCACGUGGUACUAGUUGCAGGUUGAGAUGGAAACCUAGCUAUACUACGUCAAUAUACUGCAACCAGAGAGUGAAUUAACAUAUGAAUUAAUACAAUAGUGUUUAAUUCACCACUCCAAAUAGAUUUUAAAGAACACAUCUACAAAUGUCACUCGCUGAAGAGGACUUGACAAGUAUGCACACAAUAUACUUUAAUAGUGUUAAAUGUGACAAAUUGAUAACACAGUAUUGCCAGCUACUGGCCAGGCUUGUUUGAGUGUUUUCUGACUUUGUGUUGUCUAGCAGACAAAAGAACAUUACAAAACACUUCUUUGGCAGACAGUUGUAGUUGUAUUUUUUAAACGGAGUAAAGAAAAAUUAAUGAAAAUAUCUGUAUACACGUGGACAUAGCCUUAGAGAUGUUCUAAAGAGCUCUGCUGUUGUUACCUGGAUUACAGGACAGGGUCUUGAUCUUCUUUCUCUAAUAGCAGUAGUUUGGGCACUGCUUCUCAGGCUGCACUCACAUCUGUGCAAGGCAGCUGCUAUUAUUUUUAGAUUUUCAGAAUAAGAAACACAUUUUCUUCAUAUUUCAAUCAGUUUGAGUUCUUGCCACUAAUUCUUGAACAUUUCUGUAACAGAAAUAUAUUUUUUUUAAAUACAAGAUCUCCUUUUUUUGUCAGAUCUGGAGACCAGCAACAUACAGGAGACAGUGAACAGACUUGCUCAGUGUAAACAGUUUGACAUAAGCUAGCUAUAAGCAAAGAGAUUUAAUACACAUGGAUUGGGAACUGUCCAUUUUACGUGACUUAAAAUGUAAGCACAGAGCUGAAGUAUCAUGGAAAAUCAUUACACAGAGGGUAUGCUGUAAACAUACCAUAACCAUGUGGGCUGGAUGAGUAAAUCGUCAUUGCCUCUGGUUUGUCUCCAUCCACCCGUUUCCUGCCCUCCGGUAAACAACAGCGUGCUAAUUUAGAUGUAAAUCCUCCCACUCGAGGUACUGUUUUAUGACUGUCUUCCUCCAGAGGGGUGACUCUGAACACUGUGCUAUACGGGGUAAAGUAUGGUUUUGUAAGAGUCUGUUAAGUCAGCAGGAGGACCUAGUUUCUGUUAUUUGUCUUAAUGUCUUUGCCCUUAUGUUACUCCAAAAAACACACCACUCUGUGAAUUCCCAUCAUCCCCUCUCUUCUACACCACAUUACGACCAUAAAGGGCACCAGCUGAUAAAUUGGACCAAGUUUGACGCGUCUUGACGAAAGUAUAAAAAUGGAAGGAUUUGAGCUCCUUUGCUGCUCACAAUGUAUUAAAAGCGGCAGAUUGCUCUCACAGCUGCCUCCUCCUGCUCCUCUCCCUGCUCUCCUCUCUGCUACUGUGGCUGCCUGAUAGUUUGCACAGUAUGUUGAAAAUGCAGAAUUAAACUGGCUAUCUCUGACCAUUUUGGUCCUUUCUUGUUUUCUGCCACAUUGAUAUUAGUUUUCUUAAAAUAAAACGAUGUGGCUUUAAGAUGAAAGGAACUCAUCACUGAAAAGAUGCAUCAGGGCCCCUGAUUGUGACGACUGACCAUGUGGAGGCAUGUGAUUAAUGUGCAAAUUAAUGCCAGUCUAUGCCAGUGUGCUGUCUGACCCACUUUAUCAGACCGCUUGGCAAACCAAGAGACAUGUCCCUACUGGAACAGCAGAUGUCACUGUUGCUAAAUUCACAUGAGCUUUUCUUACUCACUGACAUGAAAAAUUGUUCUCAAACACUUACUUUAAUCAGGACAAGACUCCUGUAAUUUGAAAUGAUAAGAUCUUGGGGUGUUAGAUCCUAUUGUGUUAUAGUUUUUAAGGAAUUGUGGCAGAAAGGUGUCAGCUGCUAGAAUGACACAUGAGUGUGAAUGAGGAAGUGUGUGUGUUAUAACCUUGCAAAGAGGGCCACCAUGACUUUUCACACAGUUUCUAUUUAUUAUCAAGGUUCAUUGAGGCUCUUUUGAUAGCCGAGAGAGUAUACAUUGGGGUGUUGUAAUACUAAUCUUAGUGUCUUUUUCUCUCUCUCCUUCUCUCUGCCACAGAGGUGUGGAGCAGUCGCAUUUAAAAGGUCGGAGCAGAAUGCCACACAAGUUCGCAUGCUGGGUAAGAAAGCUCACUGACCUGAAUACUGGAGUGCAAAUUGGUGGUAAUGUAUGUAGUCAGCUGCAAACUGUCGGUGCAAAAGGUGUCUAAAUAUUUAGAGACGCUUUACUGUAACCUUUGGCAUGGUGUAAUCUUUCUGAAACACUGAGGACUUUUCUGGCUGUCUCUGUAAACCCUGCACUGUGAACUUGAAUAGCUCAGUACUGCAGGUUUCAUAACACUGAAGAAGUUCAUCAUGAGAAGACCUCUGGCGUUGUAAAGUUUACCAUUUUUUUUAAAGUUAUGGCAGAAACAGACAUCAAAAAUAUUGCUGUUUAGUUCAAGGGCAGUGCCAGACCUCCAUAAUUCACUCCUUAAAACGGAACAGAGUAUUUUCCAUAUAAAUGUCAAAACUGUUUAUAAGUUCUCUAAAGUACAGGUGCCGUAAAAGUUUCAACUGCCGACCAAAAAAAAAAAAAAAGAAGUGAAGUUAGCAUGGGGUCAGUGCCAGUGCUAAGAUUUCACGCACUCAUUCGCGUGCUUCCACAAGCACAAAUACAAACGGGCUGAAAUGAAGUGUACAAACACUUGGCAGUUUUUUUUUUUGUUUGUUUCUGUUUUUUUUUUUUUUUCGCAGGCCAUUUCAGUCAAAGGCUGACCCACUUCUCCACAGAGUGCCCUGCCAGAAAACGUGACCAGUGGCAUCAUUAAAGAGAAUCACAAAUAAGAAUGUCUCUCUCACUCACACCCACACAAUCACACACAAACACACACACACACACAACACUCAAGUGCAGAGACUGAGUCAAUCACAGUUGUUCUGUGGCUUUGAGUGUGUGUUUGUGUGUGUUUGUGUGUCUACUGGCUGACUCCCAAGUGUACUCAUCCAGGCUCCCACUGACCUCAUUAACUCUCUGAUAUCGUUCCCUCUCUCACUCUGACCCCAUCACCUUUAUCACCAUUUCUUAAGCUCUGUCACGUGUCUUUUUCACAGUUAUGCAUCAGAUUUUUGAGUUUUUGCUCCUUUUAUUCUCUUACAGUUUUCUGUUUUCUUACACUCUUAAGUAACUCUGUAUUUACUGUAUGGCUUUUUCUGGCUUCCAAUAUGACAUCCAUAAAGUCCCACUGCAAUUGUUUUUUUUUUACUACCUAAAGUGUUCUCAGUGGUCUUUAAGUUGUAGUAUUGAAGUUUUUAGCCAAAAUCAUGUUACCUGUGUUAAUUUCAAAGGUUUUACUUCUGCAGUACACCAGUAGCUCAUUAGCAAUUCGCCUCUGAGUCGUGGGCGGAGACAGCGCUGCUUUUCACUCUCCUCUUCAUUCUAGCUUGUAGCCUAACAUUGCUGGUGUAGUAGCAGAAGCAGGUAAUAUAGGAACUAUUCAGUUCUUGGACACUAAUGUCUUUGGGGACAUGAUUAAAGCUAAUGUCAUAAUUAGCUUUCGUACAAGCAUUGCAAUCCGCUAACGCACACGCUUGUUCCGCAAUUGUCCUCACUGUUUCCCUGAGUAAGGUCUGUGGAGCGGGCUCCAAGGGCGGAGAUUGGAUUUCUGACAUAGGAAAUCUCUCUGUACCUGAACCUGCCGUUUGGGUCUGUCAGAGAUUCACAGGAAUUUUAAUGCGGAAAUACUCAGAAAUGCAAUUUCCACUUAUUUUUCUCAUGAUGUGUCCAGUAGCAUCAGAAAAAUGCCAUAUGAACAUGUAGACAGCAAGAAAAACAUGAUUUUUGUUGGAGUGGGUUUUUAAGAGCCUAAGAGACUGAAGACUUAUGCAAAUGAAAAAAAAAAAGAAUUUAAAAGUAGGGAUGUUCCCUAGCAACUAGUUUACUAGUCCUUUUGGUGUGUCAAACAUUAGCAGAGCCAGAAUUACCAGCCCUCAUUUAGCUUGAUCUCCAUUUUACAGAUAUGUCAAACCAGCACGAGAGUCCAUCUGUCAGAUGAACUCACUUGCAUUAAAGAAUUAGAGCAUUAUAGCAUUAUGACAAAGCCAAUUUUCAAGAGUGAUUAAUCAAAACAACAAAUUCUGCAACACCCAAAUACCUUGACAAAAAAACAAUGAACACAAUGCUACAGUAUAGCAAAGCAAACCCAAAACAAUCCAAGGGAAUGAUCAUGUCCUUAAACACACUAUUAUCUACAUUAUCAAUACUCAUUGACAGGCAAAUGUCACAACACCACAAAACCUAAUGAAUCACAACCAAUCUGAUCAAAGCAAAUAAAUUCACCAAGCCAUCCUGCAUCAGCCUGAAAUGCCCCUCUGCACAAGCUAUCUCAUCUAAUUCUGUCUUUUUCCCACAGCAUCUGUAUCUGUUAACUUGUUGCCUUUGUCUAAUCAUUUCUUGCAAAAAACCUCAUGUGUCUCAUAUGUGACGUUCAACUUGAUCAUUGAGCGGUUCAAGGCUGUCUGUGUGCGUGUGUGUUGGGACUUCAGAGUCUGCAUGUGACUUUUUCUCAAGAGAUCGUUUGUCUGGAAACAUGUCUUGGUUAUAGCAAGAGCCCUUAAUGACUAUAUUCAUGUACUGAUAAACACACUUGUCUAAUUUGCUUACAUCCACUUAAUUAAAUUACUGUUGAUUAAUAUCUGGUUAUUAGUCACCACAGAAAAGCCUAUGGGGAUGUGCGUGACUUCUAAGGACAACAUUAAGAGAGUGUUUCAAUUCCAGGAGUGUUCAGUUCAUCCGAGUUAAAACUGAUUCACUUGAGUCCAACAAUCCCAUUUCUUUUUAUGUGAGUCUGCAGGGCACAACUGGUGCCUAAGAAGACAAGUUGUCUUUUCAGUUUUUAUUAAAUCAGGAUACAGUCACUAUUUGCGCCAUGGCAACCACAACGUUUUUGGCAUUCUUUUAAGAUAAAUCUGGGAAUUUGACUCUUUAAUUAACAUCUUGUUUUUCUGCCUCUUUAAGUCCUGGUCGCGUUAAAUCCAAGCCUUGUUAGUGGCCUUGAUGAAAGGGUUCAGAUCAAAGAGUUUUUUGCACAAUUCAAAUGUCCAGCCAGGCUGGUUUUUAAAGUUUGCAGACAGGUUUAUACUGAAGUAAGUGGUGUGCACAACAGUCAUCUUAGUUUAACUCCACUGACGCACUUUUGGUUUGCACACUAGACACUCAAGCCAUGUUUUUGCGUCUGCUUAUGUGCCCAUGGGCAAACUGGUCACUAAGUGGCACACUGGUCACAUGUAUUAGAAAAGUAUUUUCUUUUAUCAGCAGCAGAAAUUAAUUUUCAUCGACUGUAAAAAUCUGAUUUAAAGUAAGUGACACAGUUUGUCACACAUGGGCUUGUCCACGGGCAGUUAAUUCAGGUUAUUGAUGGGAUGGUAUGGACUGGAGGGUGAGCUUUUCUUCAUCUCUUGACACAAACAUGUUCUGAUGAUUCCAAAAGACAAGGAGACUCCAGCACUAACCACUCAUGUCUGUGCCAGUUUAGAGGGUUUUCCCAUCUGAGAUCUGAAGGGUCUAAGACCAACAACCCACUGAAAACAAGUCAGAUUAUCUAAGACCUAAAUUUUGACUGUGUGCCAUCCAUAUCUAAAUGGUCAAUGGCAACAAUCCGAUCAAUCAUUCUAUAUAUGUGUCAGGCUGACUGUCUUUUGUAGGUCAUUUAGAGGCAUCAGUGUGGAUUUUAGUGGUUGUUCACAACCACUUGUACUUGCGUCGUGCACGACAGCCCCUGUCCUGCAGGUGGAUUAGAUGGGCUCAUUAAUGUUACAGACUGAAUGGGUUUGUUUGUGUCACUGACCUGACUAUGAGGCGCUCAGACAAAUUCUAGUGGUGUGCCAUCAUUGUAGCGGCAUAAAGGCAGAGUGAGAGAGUGAGUAAGCGAGCUGCAAGCGGAGAGGGGAGGGGCUUUUUGACUCCACAACAACGCUGGCGCAAGUGAGACUGUAGCAGAGAGAGAGAAUGCGGCAGAAGGAGGGAGCAGACUGUCAGCGGCCGCCGGCUUUGAAAGAGGAGGACAGAAACGGAUUUUCACUUCUUCUCUCCUCUCUGCUUCCUUUCAUUGCAUCUUUGUUUUCUCUCUGCGCUCAUUCCCAGCCCAUCCCUCUCUCCUGCUCUCCUCCCUGCUUUUGAUUCUCUCCCUCCUGGCAGUCUGUCUUUCUUUCUGUGUCCUACAUCCGACUCAUCCCUACCUCUACCUCUACCUCUCCUCCUCACCCAUGGCUACCUGACAGUGAGCCUCUCUUUUCCACCGUCUCUCCUCCUCCACUUCACUCUUUCUCUCUGUCAUCUCUCUCUUUACUGUCAUCCAUCUGUGUCCUUACACUGUGAGGAUGCCUGUGCUGGAGGGGCUAUGGGGCCCGGAUCUGAGGAUGCGGGACUCGGGGCUUAGUGUGGGAGUUGAAGUCGGGGUAUGUCCUGAUGAGGCUCCCCGCUCACCAGUGUGGGGGCCUCUGAGGAUGCCUCCUGUUACUUGCGGGGGUUUGUCUCUGGCUCUGGAGCUACCCGCUCUCAUACGGCAGCUCAGGGCAGCUUGGAGGGCUCGCAGAGGGGGUCCUCUGGAUCCUGAGAGGAGUCCGACAAACACCUGGGUGGCAGAAGAAGAGGUGGAGGAGAUGAAAGAUGAUGACUUAGAGAACAGGAGUGCUCAUCUGGAAGGUAACUGGACCAUAAAACAUGUUACAUGUGCAGUAAAGCUGAUGGCAGUCAGCUUCUGAUGAAUGAUUGAUGCGCUGUGUUUGUUUUCUGUGUGUGGCCCAGCAGAGGUGUGCUCCACAUUUAAACACACUUAUGACAAAAAACAGCAGGAAUGUUUUAUAAUGCAGUUGUUCAUGAUUUGUUUCUCAUUGAAAGAUGAUUUUCUGUUUCAAAAUAUGAUCAUUUUUAUAGGUAGGUUAUACUAUCUUAAAGGGUUUCUGUGUUUUAUUUAUUUUUUUUCUUUUUUGAAAGUUUGUCCCCUAACUGGGUUUAUGUGGAUAAUCCUCGUCAAACACGCCUCUUGUUGUUUGUUUACGGGAUCGAGUGUGCUCGUAAAUUACGUGACCACAGACAGGGUUCAGGGCAGUUGAGACUCCAGCUGGGGUGGACAAUGAAGUGAAAUGAGGGAUUUGAGCUUUAAAGUUGGAGUGCCCAUGUUUAAAAAAAAAAAAAAAACUGUUACCAUCUGCUGCGCUGCAGCUGCACUGAUGACACUGACAUGACGCCAGGAGUCAAGCCUCUGUCAGUCUGCGUGUCUGGAGUGUGAGACAGGUGGGUUCAAAGUUGCACUGAUGACAGUUUAAUCUUGGGAGUAAACUCUGUAAACUCUAUUUUUUUGGCCUUUUUCUGUUAAUGUUAGACUGUGGAUAUAUGUGGACACAUGCCACAAGUGCUGGAGCUGUCAGUUUCUCUCUUGUAAGAUUGAUCUCAUAAUGAAAAAUAUCUGCUGUAGUGGUGACUUGACUCUGAUAUCAGCUUGAAGUGUGAAGUAAUGGAUGAGAAACGGACAUUUGUGUGUUUUUCUCCCGCUCUGAUAAGGUGAUGAUUCACACUGUGGGGAUUUACCUGAGCGCACAGACUGACUCAUAAGGUGGAGAAUGGACAGAUGUACUCUGCUCACUGUCUGUCACUGACUUUCCCUCCAUGCACUGUGAUGACCUCAUUGGUCUGAUUAUUCUACCGGGUCUGGAGCUAUCUGUGCCGCGUUUGAUGUCACACAAUGUGUGCGGGAGACACCGAGAUAACUUGUUGGUGGUGUUUGUGAGUCAUUCUGACAUUUAUCACAGCAAGGACUGGAAGAUCCAAAAUUGAAGCGCAAAAAGUACAGCUGACAUAAGUUUCCCCCUAAGCUGGUAGACAGAACAGGCUGUAAAAUCUGCUUAGGACAUGUUACCAGAAAAAAAAAAACUUGAGGGAAGUGAGGGAGAUUUGAAUACUAAGCUAAAUGAAAAGAAUGUGUUUAAAUUAAGAAAAUAUCCCCAAAUUUCCUGUGAGAAGUGUCUUUUACUGGUUAUGAAGCAGACUAUGACCAAAGAAGACCAUCAACACAAACAUGAACAGUUAGAUAUCAUAAUUUAAAUGCCUGUAACCACAGUUAGGGGGGGGUUGGGGGUCAAUAAAAAUAGAGUCUUUUCAUACUUUUCGCACAGCAGAUACAUUUGACUGUUGAGGUUAUGCUUUGUCUACCGGGGGCACCAGAAUCAACACAAACUUGAGGUCAUUCACUUACAGCAGACAGCAGACAAGCCAACCCAUUAAAAUGAAGCCAAAAUAUAAUCGUCAGGUAGAAAAUCACAAGAAGGUCCAUGGGCAGCGAUUUCAUGAUUUUUUAUUGAGCCUUUUUUUUAUCUUUUCAAAUAAUACCAAAACAGCAUCUGCCUCCUGCGCUCAAGUAUGGUGGUUUUCUUAUUAUAUCAAAUAGUGGUCAACUGGUAUCAGUUUUUGAAUGGCCGAUACUGAUAAUGUGGGAGUAGGUUGGCUGAUAUAUAAUGGCAAUAUUACGUUGCUGUUGAUGAUGUUUGCAUUCAACAAAAAAAAAAAAAAAAUUAUUGAUACUCAUAGUCAAGAAGCAGAAUAACUGACCUUGAGUGAUUUCUUCUGUUACAGAAACGGAGACAGAAGAACUUUUGCUCAGUAAAUAUUAAAUAUUAAUAUUAAAAAAAAAUAAAAGAUACAUUUUAACACAUCUGAUGGCUAAACUUUUUUUACAUUGUGGUUUUAACUAAACAGAAACUGCUGAGGUUUUACGUAGAAAGUUUUGGUAUUAAGGAAAAAACGAAUUUUAAAGCAGUUUUAAAAGCAUCAAGCGAACAAACUAUAUGUUAACUUCAACCCAAAAGUUACGCCAAGAGACUCUGUAAAGUUUAUCAGUGACAGGGUUUCUGCUGGGUCUUGAAAAGUGUUAAAACAUCUAAAAUCCAAUCAUUUGAAUAAAAGGCAUUAAAAUGUCUAAAAUUCUCUUAAAACCAGAUAAAAUGUCUUAAAUACAAACUUGAAAGGUCUUAAAAACUGUAUGAAUGUUACUAACAAAUAAAGAUAGAUUUGAAGUUAGUUUGCAAUGUUCCAAUUUCCCUUCAUGUUUUUUAUCCUUUUUUUUUUGCCAGUAUGGACGUAAAAUUGAUCUUAAAUUGUAUUCACUGUGGUCCUAUAAAAGUCCCAAAAGUCUUCAAUUUGAUGUGUUGAAACCUGCAGAAACCCUGCUGUAAGCUUUGAUGUAGAAUGAGUUCAUUAUAGAAUAGAUCAAAUCAAGCCAACCUGUUUCAGCUGCAGCCUUUAUCAUCUUAGCGGUGAGGCCAUGUGGGGUUGAAACAUGUCAGCUUGAUUCUAUCUGUUCUGUGAUGAACUCUACAUUAAAGCAUUUUCUUUGGCUUUUCUUUAGAUUAUUCAUGAUAUUUCCCUUUAUUUUCAUCCGAUUUGUUUUAUUAUCCAUUUGAGGACACCAUAACCUCCUUUCUGUCUUUUUUGUAUGUUGACAUGUUCUGAUGUCACCUCUCUUUCAUCCAUUAGACUGUACCACACAGAGGAAGUCAAAUGUUUUUCCUCUACCUGCAGAGUCCUGCCAGCUGUGCACUGUACGUCUUCAUGCAUUGUGAUAAAGAAGCUGGCAGCAGGGCACCUCAUCUGCCACUGUGUUGAAAACAGUUUGCAUUGGAGCGUCAGCGCUUCAUGUGGCAGCGAGGUGUCUGACUGUUUCUUUCUGAGAAGGAGAACAGCCCCCAAAGCACUGUUUGUGCCGUAAACACCCACAGAUACAUGUGAAGCCAAGUGAACAUAUUCGUAUCGGUGCCCCGUGUGUGAGCGUGGGCGAACAUCGGCAAGUGCGUGAUCUUGUUUUUGCGGUUGGAAGCGGGGAUUUAACCUCAUUUGCAAGCAUGUGUGCAUAUAUGUGCAGAUAAUGUUCAUGUGCAGCAGUAUGAUGAGGCGCGUGUGCAUCGCUGCAUCUUUAAACAAGCUUUCUAACUGAUUCACGUUUCCAUCCUAAAUGACCCAGUUCUGCACCGCGCAGAGACAAUGACCUAUUUACCACAGAGAGAGUUAAAAGAAGAGAAAGGGAAAAGAGGAGAGGGGAGGGGGCGAGACGAAGCGCUGGAUCGGAUAGGGAGAGGGGAUGUUGUUGUUGAACAGGAAGGGAGAGGAGGAUGUAGAGACAGGAGCCAGGAGAAGGGGAGGAAUGAAGGAUGACAUAUAAAAUAGAAGUAUAGAGAGAUGGUUUGAGUGAAGGGAGAGAGCCAGAGGGUGGUGUGUGUGUAUGUAUGUGUGUGUGUGUGUGUGUGUGUGUGUGUGUGUGUGUGUGUGUGUGUGUGUGUGUGUGUGUGUGUGUGUGUGUGUUUGUGUGCUGAGUUUUUCCAGAUCAUGAAUUUCCUCCUCUCUGCCCAUCAGCACGCUGGAUAAAAAGCAAAGAGGCUUUCCCCUUUUCUCCUUUUUUUCUUUUUUUUUUUUUUUUUUUUUUUUUUUUUGCUCUAACUAGGCCAGCGGGACUCUUCAGCCUCACGUGAGUGGGCUGAGUCACUCCUCCAGAGCUGCUUAUACUUGCUUACUGGACUCUAACAUACGCAGAAAGGGAGUGAUGCCCCCUUUUUUGUAAUCACGUUUUAUGUAAAGAUGAAACCACAUCUUGCCCGUAAGCGCUGCUCCCUGUGUGGUCAACUCACACUGACGAGGCAAGAUCUGGCAACCCGCAGGAGUUACCACAGUGACUCCAGCCCCAUUAGCAGGUAGUUUAGCUGCCCUUGUCUGCGGGAGUCACAAAGGUGAUGUGAAUUUGCAACCUCAGGGAUAUAUUACGCUCCAGUUCCUCACAUCUGAGCCUUAAAUUAUUCAGUAUUCCCACAGUUUCUGCUUUAUUCAAGUGUGAAUGUAAUGUGUGCGCACGUGUGCCGGGACCUAGUUUUGUUGCGUGUUGUUUUCUCUGGCCUUGGGAUGUGUGAUUUGUGCAUUUUUAACAGGGUAGGGAUUCUGUUUUUUGGGUUGAAAAUGCACCUCUGUGUUUUCUGUUUGAUGCUCACACAGAGGAUGUAACUUUUUAGACCAUGUGAGAACGAUUUAACAGAGAAAAUGUGUCAGCAGGGCUGUGAAACGGAGGCACCUCAAACGUGACUUUUCCUAUUCUUUGCUAGAUAACGGUCGGUUGUUUGAAUUAUAUAUUUGGUGCUUAAAUUGAACUCUUUAAAUAGAGAGCCUUUGUUAUGGUCAUCUGUUGGCUUCAAAAGCUCAUCUUGUAAUUGUACUUCAAAAUAACCCCCCUCAGCCAAUCAGCAUGAGCACAAAACCAGAGUAAACAAUAAUAAUGAUUGUAAGAACAGAGCGUACACAGUAACGGCUGUUUCACUUUAAUAAAUAAUAAAAAGUGCUUGGAUUCAGACGUGCAUCCUCACAGCUGCACAGUAGCAUGAAAUCUGUUCCUUCUGGGCAAAGUCACACAGAUGCAUGAUUCAACCAUUUCAAAGACCCUCUUGUUUACAGAGACUGAUUUAAGAACGACUCUUAAUUUGCUUUCAUGUGGGUGAUGAUGUUGAACACGGGGAACGCUUUGCCCUGUUGUCCUCUCAUAACCCUGCUGCCUGCUUCCUUUGUUUCCUCUGCUUUAGUCUAAACACUCACCACCUCUCUGGUUCUCAUCCCUGAAAAUCUGGAUUCACAGAUCAUAUGUGCCGGUGUGCCAAAAAAGGGCCACAGCAGAGCAUAAGUGAUAACACCGAAUGCUCAUAUUUCUAAAACUGUCCUUCUCUUUCUGUCCUCUCCUUGUGUUUGUGUGUGCACAGCUGAUGGCAGACUGAGCGCUGGUCAUGCUGGUGUGUUGCUGGUUGAGAGACGAGGCUCCUACCCGCUGAUUGACCUGCGAAUCCUCAAAAGUGAGUCUUCAAAUCCAUUAAAGCUAUUAUCAGGAGCCUGUUUGGUGAACAAAAGCUGGACCUCAUGUAUCUUUGCUAAUUUUAUCCCUGACACAAGUGAGUAGUGUUUUCAACAAAAGAAAAUCACCCUGCUUUAUUUUAGCAGUCACACGCAUGACUCAUGGACAGUCUUUCCUGUCGAAAACGUACAAAAAAAGCUUUUUCAGCAGCUCACAGUUAUGACUACAGCUGGCAGCCACCUCCCUGAUAUAGACAUCGGAUAAAAACAUCUAGAAAAGGCAAGAUACUUUAUUUCUAUGGCAUGUUUUAGCAAGUGGGCAAUUCAAAGUGGUUAACACAGAGAGAAGAAUGAGUGCAGAGGUCAGAAAAACUCAAUAAUGAAAAAAAACAGAAAGUUAAAUUAGGGAUGGGCGAUAAAUUAUCGUUCACAAUAUAUCGUCAGAAAAAUCCUCCAUGAUAAAUAUUUGCCAUCUCAAGAUAAAUGCAAGUUGAUGACAUAAGCAAGAGCGACGGACUGGUAGCCAUAGCUCACACAGAUCAGAAUAACAAACAAACAUGGCCGAAGGUAAUGAAGAAGACGUUUCUGAGCAGCUUGUUACUGAACGAGGCUCCACAUGAGGGAUAUCCUUCAAGAUCGGGGCAUAGAUGAGUGAAAUCAGGUAUGCCUAACAUCAGACAGUGGAUCUACUGUUGUUCACUCUGUGCAAAAAGAGUUUUCAAUAAAUGUUAAAAGUGUUUUCACAUUUGAGACUUGUUUGAUGUCAUUAGUUUUCUCCAUGACCUACCACUUAAACUUGUGGUUAAGUAUCUUAUUUGACUAUUCCAACUGGUGUUCUCAAGAUAAAAUGAGUCAAAAAUAGAGAUUGGAAUUAUACAAUUUUUUAUCGGGACUUUAAUCGUUAUCGUCAGAAUGGCAAAUCUUAUCAUGAGUUUUUUAGCCCAUAUUGCCCAUCCCUAGGUUAAAUAUGACAGUUUAUAGAAGCAUAAAAGGUACUGUGCACAUUUGCGCAUUAAAAAUUAAAAAGGGGACUUUAAUAUUUAAGAUGUUAAAAUGUCCUCAGAUUUGCGUACAUAUACAAAAUAAACACUCAUUUUAACUUGGCACGAACUUGUCAGAGACUUCAAAACACUUCUUUCUGAACAGAGCUCUGAAACCAAAUCUGUGUCAUUGUGCAUCAAACUUCGAUGAACUCAAGUCUGUGUCUGCUGCUCUGCAGAAUAAUUUGUACAUUUGGUUCCCUGUUUGUCCUGUUAGAUUACAUCUUUUUUUUAUUUUGCAUUUUGUGAUUCCAGCCAGUGCCCAGCAGGGGGAGGUAGAGUCUGGCACCAGGAGAAAAGUAAAGCGCCUGCUGAGCUUUCAGAGGUACUGUCACGCUUCCAGGCUGCUCAGGGGGCUGGUGCCCCACACCCCCGGGUCACUGCACCUACUGGAUGACGACUACCUAGGCCAGGCUGCAGUAAGAAAAUACACAAUCACACACAGCACAUCUGCAGUGUUGUCUAUUUUUGUGUACUUUCAUGUUAUAUAACUGUAUUUUUCAGUUCAAUAAACAAUUUUUCCUUCCCUGCAGCACAUGCUAUCAAAAGUCGGCACCUGGAACUUUGAUAUUUUUCUCUUCGAUCGUCUUACAAAUGGUAAGCUGUUUCUGAAUGCACAUUAGCUGACAUCACCUUUCUGUCCUUAGCUUUUAUACUAUCAUUGUAUUAAACUGCCUCUUUUAGUUGUUCCAACACCAUAAAGUGAGAUUAACAAAGGUUUUUCUCUCUUUUACUAUUCACUUUAUGAACACAUCAUUGAUUUGUGAGAUAUUUUGUGUGCUGUAGGUAACAGCCUGGUGACUUUGAUGUGCCAUCUCUUCAAUGUCUACGGCCUCAUUCACCACUUUGAGCUGGACAUGGUCAAACUGCACAGGUUUCUUGGUAGGUUGCAAAACAAUGUCAGCGGUUAUACUCACCCAUCCCCAUAUCUGCUUUGUGCUCCAAAAAAAAAAGCGAUUUAAAAUAUGCAUCUGAUGUUUGAGCCACACCAAAGGAGGCAAGUUUUCAUCAGAAGGCAUGCCUUAAAGGGAUAUUCAGGCAUAAAAUAAAGUUAGAGUCAAACACACCGUAAGACCGAGUUUUCUGCUUUUACCUUAUGUGACACCCUGAAUGAUUGCCAGUUUCUGUUUUCAGUUUUUUUAACACACAAUUGUGCCACAUUGUUACAUGUAAUAUCACCCUGAUGACCAAAUUAUGGUAUUCCUAUGAUGAAUUCAGCUGUGGGGCUAAAGGGACAUAAGAAUCAUAAAAACAAGUCAGAUACUUUUAUUACAUUUAACCUUGAUCCCUGUGUUUUUAGGCAUGGUGCAAGAGGACUACCACUCCCAGAAUCCCUAUCACAAUGCUGUCCAUGCUGCUGAUGUCACCCAAGCCAUGUACUGCUACCUGAAGGAGCCAAAGGUAAUGCAGUAUAAUGUAUUCAUGCUCACGCCCUCUCUCUCUCUCUCUCUGACUCUCUGGCGCACUUCACUGUAAGGCUUCAUCAGACCUGAGCUUCUCCUUGACAUAUUCCAUCAGCUUUUCCUCCUGAGUGAUAAUUCCCUCUCUCUUAGACCUGACAACACUUCCAUCUACAGCUCAGAGAAAUCCCUGAAGCCCUCUGACCAGAUUAAGUGUCUGUGCAUCUCCUGCCUCCAUACAGUAAUUGCUUUUGUGUCCUUUGAGAUGCACCUAUUUUGUUAAAAGCACUCACAUAAAUAAAUUGAAUCCAACACAGUGAGCAUACCACUGUGAUGCAGGCACUUAUAAUUCAGGAUGCCUGAUCAAUAUUUUGCCAUUUUGUCCUUGACUGACCAUUUAACAUUAAUCUACACCAUGUGACACAUACCCAUUUAAUUAAUACUAAUGGUGUGCAAAAGCAAACAAGCAAGUCAGAGAGGAGACCGGCUAUUUCUGUGCCGUUAUUUAUAAUGCCUCCCAGCACUGCUGCAGGGUCAGUGUCAGACACAGCAAUUAAGUACAAACUGCCAAAAGAGCCUUUGUUUACAUUUUCCACAGCAAUGUUUCAAAGUAGCGGGUACAUUAUGUGCUUAGAAAGAGGUAGGAUGAGAUUUUUUUUUCAGAUAGUGUUACCACACACAUACAGGGAAAGAUUAGCAGAGAGAUGACGUUCAGUUUUGGCCACAGGGGCUGUCAAAGUUAACAAAAGAUAAGGCUCCACAGAUAAAAUCUCUUGUUUUUAAUCAUUUUACCCACUUUUCCAACUGUGGGUUUGUCAAAAAAAUCCAAAAUGUUUGAUCUACUUUACUUCAUUAACUCAGGAAAAGAAAUGAUUAGUAAAGGGGCUUUAAAAAAUGCAUUCCUAGGAGGUUAAACAUUUUCACAUAUUAUCUGAAUCUUUAUGUACUGUGAAGUAAAUAGGAACUCCAACCCCAUUUUUUAUGAUCAUGCUUUAAUCUGCAGAAAUAUUGGUCUGAAAUUAUCAGUGAAUAGGAAAAUAUUUCACAGAAAUGGAUCUGAUGAUCUGAUGUCCUUAGUUUUGGGGUUUCCCAAGACAGAAUAUUAACACUGUGGCUGGAAAAAAAUACAUAAUACUCUUACUUUUGCUGCUGGAGAAACACAUGGUAUUUCAGUGAACUAGUGACAAAUGCCCUUCAGUUGAAGUCUGGUGGAAAGUUAUAUUUGAAACUGGUUCCUUUGAAAAUCUUACAAGUGUUAUUCCCUUAAAAGCAGAUCCGUUCUACGAAGUCUGGCAGUCCUAUCUGAGCUAUCUCAGACCUGAUCUGACUGCUAUAACCCUUAAAGGACUCUCCCGAUCCAGAAUUGUAGUUUACGAGUAACUGUCUGGUGGACUGUUUCCAGUAACCUUCUGUGUAAUUUUGUUGUCUGAGCUGUUUGUUUGGAUGGUUGUGUUUGUUUUUAUUCUUUUAGUCAUUUUGUCAUGGAUAUUCAGUUUUUUUUCCUUUUCUUGUAAAAAAAAAAAAAAAGGAUGAUUUAAUAGAUGUUUUGGGGGCAAAAUAGAUGUGCUUUAGAAAAGCAUAUAUUUGGUCCUUGCUAUCUGCUCCAUCUCAUGGUCCAAUGCUCAAAGCAUAUUGCUCUAAUAAUAUUCAGGUUUAAACACAACCCCAGAGGUUUGCCUUUCCAUGCAGUCUGCUUUUGUUUUGCAUCCAUCAGCAUCUCUACUCUUUGCUGCGCAGAGCUGCGUUUUGCCCUUUUAUCUUUACUGAGCUCAAAUCCGUCCACAUAUAAUAGUGUUGAUCCAAAUAUACACAAACAGCACAAGUGCACUGUGAAGUGAUGUGCUCUGCAGGAAAGUUUAGAGUGUAUUUACCAAUGCUGAUGCUGAUAUGCACACGCUUAACAGGGGCAGAAAUACCACUGUCAUUUAGUGCAGUGGUUCUCAAGUCCAGUCCUCAAGGCCCACUGUCCUGCAUGUUUUGGAUGUUUCCCUGCUCAAACACACCUGAUUCAAAUAAUCAGCUCGUUAUUAAGCCAUUUCAGAGCUUGUUAACGAGCUGAUCAUUUGAAUCAGGUGUGUUGGAGUAGCAAAACAUCCAAAACAUGCAGGACAGUAGGCCUCGAGGAUUGGACUUGAGAACCACUGAUUUAGUGGAUCAGGCCUGCUGUGGGUUAGAAAAGCCACAUGGUUAUAAAACAUAGCUAAACUAGUAAUUAAAGACAUAAACUCACUUUGUGACUAAUUAACCUGACUAAAAGACAGAAAGCAGAUUUUAGUCAUGAUGAACAAAAACAGCCCCUGUCCUUUUCACAUGUCCCCUGACUCCUUUAAGCUUGGCUCAGCAAUCAGGUUUCAUUAGAAAUAAGUGCAAAUGUCCCUCUAGAGUGAGAAACAAACAUUUCCCUGUGUUAAUGUGUUGAAGCUGGCAGAGCAGCUGAGCCCCCUGGACAUAUUCCUCGGACUAAUGGCAGCAGCCGCUCAUGAUGUGGACCACCCAGGAGUCAACCAGCCCUUCCUCAUCAAGACCAGACACCACCUAGCAUCCCUCUACCAGAACACGUCUGUGCUGGAGAGUCACCACUGGAGAUCCACAGUGGGUAUGCUGCGAGAGUCAGGACUGUUGUCCCACCUGCCACUGGAUAUGUCGUAAGAGCUCACACACAUAAACACAAACUCUCAGACCUAUUGACACUGGAUGCAAGCUCAUUUUUACUCAGUGCUGCCCCUCUCUAUUACACAGGCAGGACAUGGAACAGCAGCUGGGCUCUCUCAUUCUGGCCACAGACAUCAGCAGGCAGAACGAGUUCCUGUCCACUUUUAGAGAACAUCUAGACAACCAGGACCUGGACCUUCAGCUUGCCUCACACAGGCACUUCAUACUGCAGGUAUACUUUACUCUCUCACUAUAUAGUAUUUGUAGUUAAUAUGUAAAAAAAUAUUUAAUUUCAUAACUGCUUUUCCUAUUUUGUAUCAGAUUGCUCUGAAGUGCGCAGAUGUGUGUAAUCCAUGUCGGGUUUGGGAGCUGAGCAGACAGUGGAGUGAGAGGGUGUGUGAGGAGUUUUACAGGCAGGGUGAGUAAUAGCCACUUUAUUUUAUAAUCAUGAAAAGAAUACAAAAAAAAAAGCUUUGAAAAGAGCCGUGUGUGGCACUUUUGAUCUGUUGUCAUUCAAAUGCAAGUUAUGUAGCCAAGUUACCCUCUGUUAUGUCCAUCAUUCAGUCCACCCAUUCAAUUUGACUUUGAGGAGUUUAUUUUUUUUUUUGACAUUAAUGAAAUAGACUGAAAUUCAUUUUGAUGCCUUUUUUAUGAAAUACAAAAACAAACAAGCCCAAUUUUAUACUGUUAAUAUACCUGAAACCAGAACAAGGGAGUUAGUGCGAGCCUGGUAGCAGAAGAAAUAGCCCCCUUUUCUCCAAUUUCUAAGAAUAAAAAAUAGUUGAUCAAUUUUACCACCAAAAGUCAGAUGGAUAAGAUACUUUGUCUGAAGAAGGUAUUUAAGCACAAAUAAGAUCAACAAACACUGCUUGAUCUACAAGGAGCACCAAAGUUGAAACAAUGUAAAAGUUCCUCUCGGGAGCUUUAAAUGAUCUACAAAGGGUAAAUAAAAUCAAAAAUCUUUUCAGGUUUUUUUUUCUGAAAAUACUUUUUGUUUUCCACAGCUUUAAGUUGGUUGUGAGGAAAAUCUAAGCUCCAAAGUCAAAACUGAAACUGAACAUUCACAUUAAUGCCUUAAAUGUAAUUAUCAAAUUAAAUAUUUUCUUCUAAAAUCUUUGUUUCCAACAUCUCGACAGAAAAAAUGUGUGAUUAUUUUUUGACUGCAGUGCAUCCAUUUCCAGUUGCAGUCAGAGACUGACCCUCUUGUUGGAGAUGGUUUUGUUUUUAUGGUUAUUAAUGUAGAGGAUUUUUUUAAUUCACUGAAACUACUGUGUGGAAUGUUGAGUUUAUGUUGAAGGUGGCGCCCCCCUGUGGAGAAAGUGGCACCUCUUCUCACUUCCCUUAUCAUACCCUGAACAUGUUAAGGCAAUGUUUUCUGACAUGUCGUCUUUGUAAGUCUAAAGUGUCACUCAGUGUGAAAAACCUUUUAAAUAGGCCGCUUCUUUUGUAAGUAACCUUUCCCCUGACUGUGAUUUCAGGCUCUUAUAACUACUUCACAGGAACCUUCAGUUUUGUUGCUAAUGGAUUGUUUAUUGCUUUUGUAGCUUCUAAAAGUAUAUCAGUAUUAGUUUUAGUGGGUUCAGUGACCAACUAAAAACUCCUUACAGGAGCUUUAAAGUGUUAAAUAAAGCCAAAUGGUUUGUGAGGGUUGAAUAAGAGGGAUUUUCAACAUGGCUUGUCUUUUCUUCCUAAAUUUAUCUUUUUAACCCACAGGCGAUCUGGAGAGAAAGUUUGACUUGGAGAUUAGUCCUCUGUGUAACCAGCAGGCUGACUCUGUUCCAGUCAUUCAGAUAGGUGAGCACUGUGUACUGUGUCAUCAUGUCAUAGUUUCUUUCCCCCCACUGAAGAUGACACCCUAAAUUUGAUGUUCCCCUCAGGGUUCAUCUCCUACAUCGUGGAGCCACUGUUUGAGGAGUGGCACCGCUUCACUGAGUCCAGCCUGCUCAGCCAGACCAUGAUGGGUCACCUGCACAGAAACAAAGCUCGCUGGAGCCGCCUAAGAUAUGCACGCACACACUCAGAAACGCACACACACUCCCACGCCGAAGAGCCGGAGCUGGAGCCUGAGGAAGAAGAAGAUGAAGAAGAAGAAGAAGAAGGAGGCGGAGAAGGAGGAGGAGGAGAGGGGGACGAUAUCCCUUAACCUUUCUCCCAUUUCCUAAGGUGAUAUCCUUUGUGAAUGGAGGAAAGGAGUGUUUGUCCACCUCCUCAUUUGUCCUCCAGCGUGUUUUCUCCCACCGCCAGUUGUUCACAGGCUUUGUAAGUGGGAGCACUGGAAAGAAGUGGAUGAAAAAUGGCUCCCUCUGCUGGAGCAGAGGACUGUAGCCCUGCAGGAAGGGGUAAAAAAAAAAAAACAAGCCGUAGAGAGAUUCGUGUGUUGGCGGAUGAUCUUAGUAAAUAUAUGCCUCACUCUAUAACCCAGUGAUAUCUGCUUCAAAGUGUCAAAGAAAUGCUAGGAUAGAAGUAUCAAGUUACGCCUAAGGAGGGCUCAGUGGAGACAAAUGUUGAUGUUUUUGCACAAUGCUGCUAGGGAAAAGAGAGGGGGAAAAGCCAAGAUGAUAAAAGUCAGUGGGACUGUGCUGGAAAAGAGAAUAUAUGAAACAAAGAGAAGACUAUAUGAAGCUAUGCUCUAUAUGAUCCUUUUUUAAAACUUUAACAAUAAUAAAAAUAUACUCUAUUAAGAUCUUUUCACUUUAAACGUUUUGUACAGUUUUCACGUCUAAUGGAUGCUUUAACACAAGUGUCUCACUUGUUUGCUUUUCACUUUGAUGUGUUUUUAACUCCAGCACUAAAUGGGUCUGUCAAGGUACUGCACACUGUACAAAGUCUUCUGUUUUAACUGUGUGACCAGAGAGACUGACUGAACAACAGCUAAUCAGAGGGAGGCUUCAGCUGGACUCAAAAAAACAAAACAAAAAACAGAAGCAAAAGCCAUUUUCUUUAAUGUUUUUUAAUGUUGUAAUAGUAUAAUCUGUACAUACUGUGUCACAUGACAUCACAACACUUCACACGCCAAAAUCUCAGCAAUGUAACAACCUUUUUACGGGGGAAGAAAACACAAGUCUAACACUGGUUUUUAACCACUCAAUGGGUGCGUUUAUCUGUCUGGUUUAGCCUCAAUUUGCAACAACACUCACGCACAACAAAGCCUUAACUGCAACUCAGUCCUUCUGUCUGUGAAAUGCAUCUUAUGGUGGUGUUUUUGCCGUUCUCUGGACUAGAUUUCCUACACUGUCAAACUUCCUUACAGAUUCUGCCUGUUUUCUUACAGCCAUACCAGCAUACUGAUACACACAGACACACACACACACAGACACACACACACACACACUCUCACAGUACUGUAGCAGCUUGUUUCCAGUUUGAUCUUUCACCCAGUAUCACAGCCAGAUUGGGUUUUUAGCCUAUUCAGCGCUGCCAAGGUGCCAACGUACUGCUUUGACACAUGAACUCACUGCUCUGUUACCUCUCUGAACCUUUCUAUGACUCCUUUUUUUUUCCACACUUGUUAAAGGCACUAUGUGCACUGUGUGUAUCCUAUGUUAUGAGCUGACUUGGGCCAAUUAGUAGUUGCAAAUAUCUCAGAUUUUAAUAUCUAGUAGUCUGUACACCUAUAUUAUGACAAUAAAGAUGUCUGUUACAGAAACUUAAAGCUCCUGUGAGAAAACUUCUACUUGUGUUGAUUUUGGCACCCACUGUGAAAAAAGGGUACCUCUUGUAUUUUUAAGAAUAAGUUAAAUGUAAUCUUCCUAUUUUGAAACAAUAACAGGGUUUACCUUCAUCUUUUUAUCCAUUGCAUUGUUUGACAUUGGCCCCCUGCAGCUGUUGAGGAAAUUAAAAAUAACAAUCAGCUGUUUAGUGGAGAGUUUUGGUAGAUUUUUUACGGUCACUUCCUGUUUAUUUGAGUCUGUUUUAUAACCAGCUAAAAACUCCUCACAGGAGCUCUAAAUGCCACCAUUUCCUGUUUGAAAUAUCUUACCCUCAUUGCCAAAAAUGGUACUUUUAUACCCACGAACUUUUCUAUAUAUAACUUAAAUGUGAACCUGCUCCUCAUGUAGCUGUAACUAUCACAAAUAGAUCAAAGCAAUCAAAGUAGUUGUAAAUACUAGUUGGUCCAAGUGUAAUACGUAAACUUUUUAUAAGUUGUCUGUAAAUAUGUAUAACUACCACAUUGAAGAUCCACUCCCGGCAUGUUCAAUGCUCUGUACACAGUAUUGGCAGAAGCCCAGGUUUUAUGUCUUCCCUGAGUUAUGAAGGAACAAAGAAUUAACACUGUAUACAUUUUUUGUUACAGCUUAGAGUCUAUGUUCAGAAAAACUGUAAAAAAUAAUAUAUAAUACACACAUAAUAAAUUUGCCACUUUUUAAAAAAGAAAAUAAACAUUAAAUGAAUCUUUUCUAUGAAGAGCAGUGCAAUAAAGUCACUGGCCAAGUUGUGAGAAAGACAAUAUAUUCAUAUGUGACUAUAGCUCUUGUAACUAUUAAGCAAAUGGUUCACACGUCUUCACUUUAGCACUUUUGGCUUUGUUAAAACUCCCACUAUAGUAUGUAAGCAGCACUAUUGUCUAAACAUUUAUUCUCUAUGAGCCACACAUUACUGCCGUAGUGUAGACAGGAGGCCUCAGGCUGCCGCGAAUCUCAAUACCUCCUCAAAUCCGCACUGAAACAGGGUCACUGAGCCAUACUGGUUUAACUUUAAAAUACAAAUAUGUGUGUUUAAUGUUUUAUAUUCCAGAGAUAGUGUAAACAAAACCUAUAGAGUUACUGUUUUAUCCACAAGAAGUGGGUCACAAGAACCUGUAAAUUCCUCAAAAAUGAACAGAAAUACUAAAUUGACUGAUUAAAUGAAGUUAUCCACCAGUAUUUCUCUAAUUGUAAAUCACAGAGAGUGUAAUAAGGUGCCUGAUGGUUUGAAGGAUUGUGCCAACACUCAGCAGUUAGUAGAUCCUUUCCUUUUUUUGAGCUUAGAGUGCCACUAAAAGUGUAAAAAAAAAAGGUUAAAACGUUAACUUUUCCCACCAGAAUUAUUUACCGAAACCAUUUACUCCAACUCAGCACUCCUGUAAAUGUUCAUAACAAGUAACUACUGUCAUCUUCUGCUUAGGAGGUCAAGGUUGUCAUUUAAAAAUACUUAAAUUGAAGUCUAUGAAAUGCUUUUUUUUUUCAUUUUUGCUGGUGAUAGUAACCCUAAAAGCACGCCUGGGUUUGUGGGGUUGUUUGCAGUCAGGGUAUCAUUGGAUAAUUUGUUAUCUGUAUAUGAUCUGAAAACCAAAUAAAUGUUUUCUCUUUUUUUUUUUUUUUUUUUGUUCCAGUUUUAAUGUCAAAUCACACAGCUUGCGUGGGCCCUCUAGGUUAUUCACCUUUUGUCUAGCUUUACUCUGACUCAUAGUUUCAGUUCUUAAUGCUUGUUGCCCUGUGCUGGCAUAAGUUAGAGAUUCUUUACUUAAAAAUUUUGAAUGUGUCACUUUCACCUCAAGUCUAACAAACAUGAGAGUUGAUUAAAGGGAUAUGGAGAAAACAAAAAUUUGAGCUUUUUUUUCCACGCUGUACCUUUUUUGAUUUCUGGUUUGUUUUUGGUUCAAAACCAUAAAGCAAAAAACAAUAAAAAUAUGUUCCAUUUUAAUUUAAAAUGGUAUAGGAGAAAGAGGGGGAGAAAAGAAAAGGCCAAAGACAAAAAAAAAAUGAUUUGUUUGAUUGGAACAGUAAAAUCCAGGUUGUUUUUGUUUUUGUAUUUUUUUGUUUUUUGUUUCACAAAUAACUAACAAAUCAUCCAGUGACGCCCUGGCUGUUAGCUCUAUCGUGUGAUUUACUUUCACUGGUCUAAUCUGAAUCUCUGUUUUAAAGCAUCAUCUAACUUCUUGACUGUACACUUCUGUUCAAGCCACAAACCUCUGAGCACUGUGAACAAUUCAAUAAAUGUUUUUCAAUUAACGUACAAUACAUUCA